GGCCGUGGUUUCCUCUCCCUCUCUCUCUCUCUCUCUCUCUCUCUUCGGGUCCAUAAAUCAAGAACGCUUUUCUAUAGCUUCGUCUCCUCCGCUGCCUCAAACCUUCUGCUAAAGAAAACGAAGCGCGGCCAUUGAAGGGAGAACCAAGCGUGAGAGGAGGAGAGGAGGGUGGGCGAAAAGAAGGGUAGGGAUCGAGAAGGAUUUUUAUGGAGGCCGCGGCGACCACGAGGAGCGGUUGUUUCAUCGCCGACGAUGACGAUUCGCUGGCCGACAUGGAGGCCGGGUUCGCGGAGAACGUGCGCGUGCUGAGGGAUGCGGUUAAGAGAUCGUCGCCUGCCGCUUCGCCGAGAUCCGCGAGGUUCUACGACGCGAGGUUGGAGGACCACCGCCCGCAUUUCCUGGAGACUUGCUUCCUCUGCAAGAAGCGGUUGGGGAACAACAGGGACAUCUUCAUGUACAGAGGGGAACUCGCAUUCUGCAGCGAGGACUGCAGGCAGGAGCAGAUAGAGAUGGAGGAAGCCAAUGAGAGGAACUGGAACCUCUCUUCCUCAAUGAAAGCCCUGAGGAAGAAGGGACACGCCAAGUCCACGUCUCCUCCCGAAGCUCAGGACCAACACUUACCCAGUAGAACCGUCGUUGCUGUCUGAUCGGAGCGUUUGAUAAAGUGUUAAAAUCGUAUACAUACGUAUAUAUACAUAUACCCAACUACUCUUUUAGCCUCUAACUAAGCUUUAAAUCGCGUGUAUUAUAUCGAAAAUGAUGAUGUUUACAUGGCGGGCCUCUCUGGAACAUGAAGAAGGCCGGGAAAGAGAAUAGAGUGUACAGUAGCUGAAGGGGGAGAUUGCUGUUUUUGAGGAUCUUCCUAGUUUCGCUCUUGUUUUUUUUCUUGUUUUUGCUGGAAUUUUCAUGUGUAAGCCCUCAAGUAUGAACAAUGAGUGAGCCUGGUUAUAGCUUUCUUUA